GCGGAGACUUGCGAGCGCCUGUCGCUCCGCUUCCCGGGUUAAAUCGCCGGGUCCCCUGGGGCCCCUUCGCGCGCCUCCUGGAGGGCCAGGGCCCCGGGCCGAGGCGCGCAGUAUGGAGUGCGGUUACCUGUUGGAAGUGACCUCACUGCUGGCCGCCUUGGCGCUGCUGCAGCGCUCGAGCGGUGCCGCGGCCGCCUCGGCCAAGGAACUGGCGUGCCAAGAGAUCACCGUGCCCCUGUGCAAGGGCAUUGGGUACAACUACACCUACAUGCCCAACCAGUUCAACCACGACACGCAGGACGAGGCGGGCCUGGAGGUGCACCAGUUCUGGCCGCUCGUGGAGAUCCAGUGUUCCCCCGACCUCAAGUUCUUUCUGUGCAGCAUGUACACGCCCAUCUGUCUGGAAGACUACAAGAAACCUCUGCCGCCCUGCCGGUCCGUGUGCGAGCGCGCCAAGGCCGGCUGCGCGCCCCUCAUGCGCCAGUACGGCUUCGCCUGGCCGGACCGCAUGCGUUGCGACCGGCUACCAGAACAGGGCAACCCGGACACGCUGUGCAUGGACUACAACCGCACGGAUCUCACCACGGCCGCACCCAGCCCGCCGCGCCGCCUGCCGCCGCCGCCGCCGGGCGAGCAGCCUCCGUCCGGCAGCGGCCUCGGCCGCCCUCCGGGGGCGAGGCCCCCUCACCGCGGCGGCGGCGGCGGCCGGGGCGGGGCUGGCGGGGACGCUGCGGCGCCCCCAGCGCGCGGCGGCGGGAAGGCCAGGCCCCCUGGCGGCGGCUCGGCUCCCUGCGAGCCGGGGUGCCAGUGCCGCGCGCCCAUGGUGAGCGUGUCCAGCGAGCGACACCCGCUCUACAACCGCGUCAAGACGGGUCAGAUCGCCAACUGCGCGCUGCCCUGCCACAACCCCUUCUUUAGCCAGGACGAGCGCGCCUUCACCGUCUUCUGGAUCGGCCUGUGGUCGGUGCUCUGCUUCGUGUCCACCUUCGCCACGGUCUCCACCUUCCUCAUUGACAUGGAGCGCUUCAAGUACCCGGAGCGGCCUAUCAUCUUCCUCUCGGCCUGCUACCUCUUCGUGUCCGUCGGCUACCUGGUGCGCCUGGUAGCCGGCCACGAGAAGGUGGCGUGCAGCGGCGGCGCGCCGGGCGCGGGCGGCGCGGGGGCCGCAGGGGGCGCGGCGGCGGCGGCGGCGGCGGGCGCGGGCGCGGCGGGCGCGGGCGCGAGCGGCCCCGGCGGGCGCGGCGAGUACGAGGAGCUGGGCGCCGUGGAGCAGCACGUGCGCUACGAGACCACGGGGCCGGCGCUGUGCACCGUGGUCUUCCUGCUCGUCUACUUCUUCGGCAUGGCCAGCUCCAUCUGGUGGGUGAUCCUGUCGCUCACCUGGUUCCUGGCGGCGGGCAUGAAGUGGGGCAACGAGGCCAUCGCCGGCUACUCGCAGUACUUCCACCUGGCGGCGUGGCUCGUGCCCAGCGUCAAGUCCAUCGCCGUGCUGGCGCUCAGCUCCGUGGACGGCGACCCGGUGGCGGGGAUCUGUUACGUGGGCAACCAGAGCCUCGACAACCUGCGUGGCUUCGUGCUGGCGCCGCUGGUCAUCUACCUCUUCAUCGGCACCAUGUUCCUGCUGGCGGGCUUCGUGUCGCUCUUCCGCAUCCGUUCAGUCAUCAAGCAGCAGGGCGGCCCCACCAAGACACACAAGCUGGAGAAGCUCAUGAUCCGCCUGGGCCUCUUCACCGUGCUCUACACGGUGCCCGCCGCCGUCGUGGUCGCCUGCCUCUUCUACGAGCAGCACAACCGCCCGCGCUGGGAGGCCACGCACAACUGCCCGUGCCUGCGGGACCUGCAGCCGGACCAGGCGCGCAGGCCCGACUACGCGGUCUUCAUGCUCAAGUACUUCAUGUGCCUCGUGGUGGGCAUCACCUCGGGCGUGUGGGUCUGGUCGGGCAAGACGCUGGAGUCCUGGCGCGCCCUGUGCACCCGCUGCUGCUGGGCCAGCAAGGGCGCCGCGGGGGGCGCGGGCGCGGGCGCCGCCGCGGCCGGUGGGGGCGGCGGGGCGGGGGGCGGCGGCUCUGGGCCGGGCGGCGGGGGCCCGGGCGGCGGCGGGGGCUCGCUCUAUAGCGACGUCAGCACUGGCCUGACGUGGCGAUCUGGCACGGCCAGCUCCGUGUCUUAUCCAAAGCAGAUGCCAUUGUCCCAGGUCUGAGCAGCGGGGGAGCAGGCGCCCGGAAGGGGCGGGGAUGGAGGGGGGGUGAGGAGACCCAGGGAGGAGCAGGGACCCUGGACGAGCCGGGGUUCCCACCCCUGCACCGUGUUGAUUGCUAUUAGCAUGAUAAUGAACUCUUAAUGGUAUCCAUUAGCUGGGACUUCGACUGGCUAAGAACCAAGUACCUGGCACUGCAGCCUUCCAGUCCCUUUUCCUCCAUUGAUAUCCGAGGAGCUCCUUCCGCGCCUGGCUUUGGCAGAGGAACGUGGACUCUGCUGCGUCUCCAGAACCUGAGGUUUGGAGCCCAGAACUCGGCUGGUUGCCCUUCGCCGAGCUUUGAAGCCAGAUCAGAUUUCACCGGAGGAACCCUUCCCUCUCUCUCUCUGUCCUUCCUCUCUUCUACAUAAACUCUUCCUCCUGGCGAAUCUAAAGUGGAGGCAUGACUGCGACCUAAUGGGAUUGCACGGUUUGGGUAUUCUUAAUGACCAGGCAAAUGCCUUAAAUAAACAAGAAAUGUCUUAAUUAUACACCCCAAGUAAAUACGGGUUUCUUACCUUAGAGGAUGUAUUUAUAUAAUUAUUUGUUAAAAUUGUAAAAAGUGUGUAAGAUAUGUAUAUAUCCAAAGAUAUACAACGUGUACAUUUUUUUGUAAAAAGUUUAGAGGCUACCCCUGUAAGAACAGAUAUAAGUAUUCUAUUUUGUCAAUAAAAUGACUUUUGAUAAAUGAUUUCAACAUUAACCCUCUCCCCCUGCCUCUUCUAAGCCGUUACCUUGGCAACGUUUGCUGAGGAAGGUGGGGGGAAAUGGACAUUUUGUGGUUUGCUACUCUGUACCCUGACCAGGCAUGGAGAAAAUUACCUGUUAACCUCUACUUCUUAAACUGUUAGCCAAGUAAAUAUCAUUGUUGAACUGAAAUCAAAAUGGAGUUUUUGCACCUACCCCCAUGGUAGGUGUCUCUAAUGAUAGCGCUGUUUGCACCUUAGUGUUUGUAAAUGGAACUUUGGCCAAGGCAGUUAAUUUCACUUAGGCCUUGUUAUUUAUCGUGUAUAAUAUUUCACUAAAAGUUUGCAAAUGCCACCACUCACAUCUGGAGUCUGGUUUUGAAAGUACUUGGUUUUCCAAGGAAAGAACACAAACCUGCUAGCAGGUGAAGGUUUCACAUUUUAAGCUACAGAUUUCUUUUUACAGGGUAUGUCACUUGACAAUCUGGUAGUGGAGGAGGCACUCCUUAAUGAAUUAAACUAACUGGUUAACAUCUUAAUAACCUUCCAUGCUUGUGUAUACCAAAUGUGCUUCUUUUCCUGAAGAAAAAAAAAAAAGCUAUUGUUCCUCUGUCAAGACUAAGCUAAUUUAUUUGAGCAGAAGGCUGUUGAAUUAGCCGAAGAAUGCUUUGGCAAUUGUUGAACUUUUUACCUGUCUGCCCAGUGGCUCGGCACAUCAUUCCUUUAAGAGGAGCUAAAUGAAUAGGGUUAAUCUGUAGGGAACUUGGUCUUUUGAGUUUGAAAAACUUUGAUCUUUUCUCCUCUCCAAAUGUGCUGUAUAGUCUGAAGUUUCUUUGCCUGCUGCCCGGCUCCUCUUGGUGCAGACCAAUUGGCCACCGCAGAGCCUUAAAGUUCUUCCAUUAAAGCAAUGUGGGACUUUUACUUUAAAAAGGAGAGAGAACGAGGGAGAGGAAGACUUGUUACAGUUAGUGAAGACCAGAGGCACAAGUGCGCUCAGCCUUUUCAACAGCCUUUCCUGGCAUUGUUAGCCAGCCUGCAGGCAGCUAGGCAUGGGUUGAAGGACUAUUUAAAAAAAAAAAAAAAAAAAAGCGUUCUGAAAACCCUACAGGUGGUCUGUACACAUAAUCCCCCAAUUUAAAGCAUUUUCCUUUGCCGGACAAUUGCAUUACAAAACUCCCUUCUUUUGCUGCUCCUAAUUGAACCAAUGAACUAUUAUAAACUACAGAUUU